AUGGAGUGCUCCGCUCUGCUGUCCGGUGUGAAAGCUGUUAAGCCGAUGAAGAGAAAAGAGGGAGGAGAAGAACAGGGAGGGAGGAUAAACUCUGAGCGAGUGGCCGCUGCUGCAGGGACACUUCAGGAGUUCACCAUGGAGUCUGUAACAGCUUUUCGGUCUUUGGAUCUCCUCAUCGCUUUAUCUCUGCUGUCCCCUUUUAUCCACGCGAACCGGAUGAUCACAGACACACCGGACAUCCAGAAGUCCCACACCAUCGGGCUCGGGGUGAAGGGGAACUCACAGAUUGUCGCCCAGCACAAUAGAUUGCGCAGCCGGGUCAAACCCAUGGCAGCUAACAUGCAAAAAAUGGAGUGGGAUGAGAAGUUAGCCUUACUUGCAAAGGAGAGAGCAGCAUUCUGUCAUGCAGACCUCUCCCAUCAGCAGUCCUCAGCUUUCAGUCACAUUGGCUGGAACACACAUCUUUCUUCUUAUGGUGUCACCUCAUUUUCUGAUGUCGUCGACUCCUGGUUUGAAGAGGGAAAGGAUUUUCUCUACUUGACUGGGCAAUGUAAAGAAAACACCACCUGUCAACACUACACACAGCUGGUGUGGGCUACUUCAAGUCAUGUGGGCUGUGCCAGUCAGCUGUGUCUGAGAGAAGGAGACCUCUGGGAGAUAUUUGUCUGUGCAUAUUACCCUGGGGGUAACUGGGAGGUGAAUGGUCGGCUGGUGAUGCCCUACAAGUCGGGGAUGUACUGCUCUCUUUGCACCUCUUCCAUGUCUGGCUGCUUUAGACUGUGGGACCAUGUAGGUGGACUGUGUGAGAUUCCAAGGAAUCCAUGUCGUAUAAACUGUGGUCAGCAUGGUCAUCUUAAUGUCUCAACCUGCAAGUGCAAGUGUGACAAGGGCUUCACUGGACGCUUCUGCCAGGUACGGUGCAGUGUGCAGUGUUUACAUGGUCGUUUCAGAGAAGAAGAAUGCUCUUGCUUGUGUGAUGUUGGCUAUGGUGGUGCUGAGUGCGCAGAGAAAGUGCAGUUUCCUUUCCACAGCUGUGAUGUGAUGAUAGAUGGAAAUUGCUUCAUGGUGUCCUCAGAAGCUGACUCCUACUAUGGAGCCAAAAGUCACUGUCAGGAACGAGGAGGUAUUCUAGCUCAGAUCCACAAUCAGAAGGUUCAGGACAUUUUAGCAUUUUAUCUCAGUCAACUGGAGACGAGCAACGAGGUGACCAACACUGACUUCGAGACACGAAACUUCUGGAUUGGUCUGACGUAUAAGCCCCUGAAAGACUCAUUUCGCUGGGACACAGGAGAGAUCCCUAAAUUCAGCAGCUUUGCCUUUGGGCAGCCUGACAACCAAGGUUUUGGAAAUUGUGUAGAGCUGCAGGCAUCAAGUGCUUUCAACUGGAACGACCAGCGCUGUAAAACACGGAACAGAUACAUCUGCCAACAUGCUGCAGAACACAUCGCCCGGUGGAAGGAUAGCAGAUAAUGGACCUUGAUUUCUCAAAAAGAUGAAACUAGGUGCGUAGUGCUGUACAUGUUGUAUGUUUGUUGGGACAGUUACCCUUGUCGCUGGCAUCUUUUGUCAAUCACUGUAGAUGGAUCAAUAUAGUUUAGAUGUAUUGUAUAUACUGUACCUGUUUGAAUGUCUUUAUCAUUAAAUGGAU